AUGCCUAGAAAGUACAUCAGGAAGACAGAUAGAGCCAAUAUCGAUGAGAGGGUUAUGAAAAGCGCUUUAGAUGAAUGCCUUAAAAAUCGCAUGAAAGUUAGUGAGGCAGCUAGGCAGUAUGGCGUCAAGAGAACUACUUUGCAGUCGAGAAUAAAGACCCUGUUGAAAAGAAAGCCAUUGGAGGAGUUACUCAAUGAGGAUUCUGGAAACGAGUUAUCAGAAGAGGAAAAAAUUGGCAACAAAUACACUGUCAAACAAGUUUUUACAGAUAACAGCACGCCUCCAACUGCUCCUGGGUGUAGUAACGUAACUCCAGCGACACCUGAGGGUGGUAACGUGGCUCUAACGCCUCCUGGGGUUGAAAUAGCGACUCCAACGACCCCUGAGAACAAUAACGAUACUUCUCCGACUCCUGAGGGUAAAAACAUGGAGAUUCAGACUUUCGGAUAUGAAAAUAGUCAGUUAUACUUUGACCCCAAUGCGCCAUCCACCUCGGGUCACAAUACUAGCGGUAGUAAUCGCCGAAAAUCUUCUCUAGAAAUGUUAUUUCCUUACCCUAAAGCGGACAUUACCAAAAAGAGAGUAGUACGUCGAAAAUCUAAAUGCUCAAUAUACACGGACACCCCGGAAUUGCAAAAAAGAGAAGAAAUCGAAAUUAACAAAAAAAGAAGGCAAACAUCGGUUGUUGACAAAGGAGCAAAACGAGUAGUUUUCAAGAAAAGGCAGAUCGCCAAAAGAUCUGUAGGCAGUUCAAGCGAAUCUGAUGUUUCUCUGGAUGAUGUAAAUUCGAACAGUAGUGAUGACCUAGAAGAUUUUGAACCAAUAACUAGCAGCGACAAAUUCGAAGUUGGAAACUUUGUAUUGGUUAAAUUCCCAGGAAAAAAAUAA